UCGAGGUCAUCAAAUUAAAGUUAUAAUCCAACGGCAACAAACGACCAUAACGUAACAAAAAGGAAAAGAAUUUGAGUACUUUUUUUUUCUUUUUUUUUCUUUUCAUCCAAAGAAUUUGAGUACCACUUUUGUAAAUUUAAAGCUUCUCACACUCUGUAACAAUAGCUCGACCACCAUUUCAUUAAUCUCGGAUCUUCAUACAUGCACCCCUUCAUUUUUUAUUUUUCUCUUUCCAAAUUCAGGUACUAGACACUUGCAUAGUGUGUGAGGAAUUAAAAUGCUGCAUGUACUGGCAUCCGUUGAGGAACAGCUUAUAUUAAGAGCAAUAAAAGACGAAUGCAACUGGGAGGAUCUUCCAAAGCGGCUACAAGCCGCUCUGAAUUCCAAAGAAGAAUGGCAUAAAAGGAUAAUUGAACAUUGCAUAAAGAAGAGACUCCAGUGGAACACUUGUUUUGCUAGUAAAGUUUGCAAAGAAGGUGAAUACUAUGAAGAAAUGUUGCGCUAUCUACGGAGGAACUUAGCGCUCUUUCCAUAUCACCUCGCGGAUUAUUUUUGCCGUGUCAUGAGGAUGUCUCCUUUCAGAUACUACUGCGACAUGUUAUUUGAGGUCAUGAAAAAUGAGCAAGCUUACGACAGCAUCCCAAAUUUUAGUGCUGCAGAUGCCUUACGGCUCACUGGAGUAGGAAGAAAUGAAUUUAUUGACAUCAUGAAUAAGUGCAAGUCUAAGAAAAUUAUGUGGAAACUGAACAAAUCAAUAGCGAAAGAACUGUUGCCCACGCAGCCAGCGGACUUUGUUAUUGAGCCAUGGUGGGCAGUUUGUCUUGUUAACUUUACUAUGGAAGAAUUCAAGAAGUUGACAGAAGAAGAAAUGGCAACAAUAGAUAAAAUGUGUGAGGAAGCAAAUUCUUUCAUUCUUUUUGAUCCUGAAAUUAUAAAAGGUCUACAUCGACAAGGACUAGUGUAUUUUGACGUUCCUGUCUAUCCUGAUGAUCGUUUUAAAGUUUCCAGGCUUGAAGGGUUCGUUUCAAACCGAGAGCAAUCUUAUGAAGAUCCAAUUGAGGAGUUACUAUAUGCCGUUUUUGUGGUUUCAAGUGAGAAUUCAACUGUUGCUGAGUUAUCAGCAACGUUACAAGCUGAUCUUUCUCAAUUGCAAGCAGCUGCUUCUUUUGCUUGCCGAUUGGGAUGGGCUAUCAAACUAAUCGAUCCAUCUUCUAUUCUACAAGACUCUAAUAUCCCCGGAUCACCUAAAGUUAUUCUCAGCGACGAGGAAGAUGGUUCAAAUGCUAGCCUGGGCUCUGCAAAUGCAUCCACUGAUGGCAGUGCUUUUCAACCAGGAGAAAUUCCAUGGGCAGAAAAUAAUAUCUCCGGCGCUGGUUAUGGUCGAAUUGCUUUUCUUGUUGAUGCUAAUAUAACUUCUUAUCUUAUGAUGGGAUCUGUAUCACCAGGUCUGAAAUCUCACGCGGUGACAUUAUAUGAAGCCGGAAAACUAGGUCAUGCUAGCAUUGCAGAUCUUUGUAACAAUUUGGGCACACUAGAGGGGGCAAAAUUUGAAGGCGAACUACAGGAAUUUGCCAAUCAUGCAUUUAGCCUUCGGCAAGUCCUCGCAUGUCUAACAUCAGGAGGGGUUCCAGCUGAAGAAGAAGUAGAAAAGACCACUACUAUGUCUUCUACAAGUGAUGCUACCACUUCCUUGAUAGACAUUUCUUUUACUACAAACUCAGGAGAAUCUUCUACAAAUGAGUUUGUGAUAAAUGACGAGAAUUUGGAAAAUUCUGGAACACCCAAAGUAUGUAGUGAUGAGAGAAAAUAUGCAUCUGGCAAUUCUGCCAGUGACAAUAUAUCUGAAAUUGACUUUGAAGGGAAAAAUCGAUCUGAUGAGAAGUCAGUAUGUGCUGGAGAUUUAGACGUCGCAAAAGGUUUAAUGAAACAGAAGAAUUACCGUGUGGAUAUACUCCGCUGUGAAAGCUUGGCUGCUCUCUCACCAGCUACUUUAGAUCGUCUAUUUCAGCGUGACUAUGAUAUUGUUGUAUCAAUGGUUCCGAUUCCUCCUUCAGUUUUGCCAGGAGCAAAAGGCCCUGCUCAUUUUGGACCGCCCUCAUCCUCGUCUAUGACGCCUUGGAUGAAAUUAGUGCUAUAUUCUGCUAUGGCUAGUGGACCUAUAUCAGUUGUUCUUAUGAAAGGCCAAUGUUUAAGAAUGCUUCCUGCACCGUUAGCUGGUUGCGAGAAAGCACUUCUAUGGUCAUGGGAUGGAUCUUCUAUUGGAGGUUUGGGGAAGAAAUCCGAAGGGGACUUAGUGAAAGGAAGUAUACUUUUACAUUGUGUAAAUUCACUUCUCAAUCAUUCGGCUGUUCUUGUGCAGCCACUCAGCAGAUAUGAUCUUGAUGAGGCCGGAAGUGUUGUUACUUUGGAUGUUCCGUUGCCCUUGAAAAACUCCGACGGUUCAACGGCUCAGAUUGGGGAGGAAUUAGGAUUGUCCUCUAAAGAUAUGUUCAAUUUGAACUCAUUAUUAUCUGGUCUAGGAAACAAAAUGAGUUUCUCGACCGUUGGUUAUAUUCGACUAUUAAGACUUCACAAAGGUAGACUCUUGGAAAACCGUGCACCUGAUGAUGAGAUGUAUGAAUGGGUUCCAUUAAGCGUAGAAUUCGGUAUCCCAUUGUUUAGUCCAAAAUUGUGCAAUAAUAUAUGUAAGAGAGUAGUCUCGUCGCAGCUACUCCAAACGGACUUAUUUACGGAGCAUCAUAACGAAAUGCAAGACUUAAGAAGGAGACUGCGAGAUGUUUGUGCUGAGUAUCAAGCUACUGGUCCAACCGCGAAACUCCUUUACCAGAAAGAAUGGUCUAAAGAUGCAUCCCGACAGCUUAUGACCUAUGCGAGUGGAAGGUGGAACCCCCUCGCCAAUCCUUCUUCUCCCAUUUCUGGUCUCGCUAGCAAAAGCCAGAGGCUGAAACUUGCUAAUCGACAACGAUGUCGAACAGAAGUUCUGAGUUUUGAUGGAAACAUUCUGAGAUCAUAUGCUCUGCCUUCUAUAUACGAGGCUGGUAGCAAACAGGAAUCUUCUUCAAUAACUUCUGCUAAAGCUGAUCAAGAUGAUACUGACAGUAAAGAAUUGAUUCAUCCUGGUGCUAAUCUUUUAUACGAUGGAUCUGAGCUGCGCCCCUUUGAGAUAGGUGCUUGCCUGCAGGCUCGUCAACCUGUUUAUUUAAUCGCUGAGGCCUCUGCAGCAUCUGCUAGUUUUUCAGUUAAAUAGGGCUGUAUGGAACAUUUUACAGGUGCAUUAUGGAAUUGAAGAGUUAUUUUCAAGCAUGUUAAAUGCUGCUGGUUUGUUGACUAUAGAGUCCUUUUGUUGACUUACUGAUAACGUAGGAAGAUUUCGAGGUAAUAAAGGAGAUUUGUUGCUCCGAUUUCUCCUAUUUCAUGUACAUUGUUGCCAUAUUGAAGCUCAACCUUCUAUAGAUGCUAGACACUUCUAUAAAUAUCUUGAGAGGUGUCUGAUAGUGACCUAAGUCUAAUGGAAAUAACAAAGCUCAAAAGUGUCCGGCAAAGGGAAUAAGUUGACAGUUAUCUUGAAUCUCUGUCGAAGUAACAGGAGUGUUAUUAUCAUGUGUAUUUACUUGUUCUUACAAAGAGUCCAGGAAGUUAAGGUGUUGGGAAAUGCCACCAAAAUACUGCAUAUUGCGAUGCCUAGUACUCACCCCCUUUUUUCCUUGUUUUUUUCGUUGCUGCUGUAUCGCAAAUCCUUAAUUUCAUUACCUUAAAAAUUUUGACCAUUUACCUACAUCGUGAUCAUGUAAUGAACCGGCAAUGUGCAGUGUCCGUAGUUUAAUUUUGGUUUUAGUUUCGUUUUUGGAGUUGUUUCAGGAAAUGCUUUACCAUCCAAGUAAUUGUGUUUGGUUUAUGCUUCUUGUCCAGUCACUUGUAACUGUAGGCUUAUUGUGCCAGUCUUGUCCAGAGAUA